CUUCCCUCUCUCUUACUUGCCUUCCCUUGUCUUCCCUCGUGUCUAAACCCCGUCUUCUUGGUUGUCAGGCAUCAUGGCUCAGAAAGCAGCCAAAACCCUCGCCGCGCGCAAUGCCUCCCUCUUGCUGCGCACUCAUAUUAUAACUCUCGGUCUACACGCCGUUUUCCUCAUUCUCCACUGGACCUUUAACCGCCCUCGUUCCAUGACCCCGUACUUCGUAUUUGCCUGUCCAACGCUCGCCAUCGAAUUCUAUCUCGACCGAUUGGGUCGUCCGCAAUACAACGCCGCCGACGGGUCUUUGCGCGCGCCCGGGGAGGAUCUAGGUGCUGCCGGGCUGACGGAGUACAUGUGGGAUGUCCUGUAUUGGACCUGGGGUUGCAUUGGUGCGGUCUGCGUGUUCGGCGACCGUGGCUGGUGGCUGUGGACCGUCAUUCCGCUGUACUCGGUGUGGCUGGCAUACACCACUUUCACCGGCAUGAAGAGCGGAUUCGCCGGAAUUGGAGGAGCCGGGGAUGCCGAGCCCACGGCCGGAGAGAGCAAGAGGCAGAAGAAGAUGGAGAAGCGCGGAGGACAGCGCAUGCAGUAUCGGUGAGAAGCGAGGGGGCGGGGAUAGUUGAAAAUGUUGGAUAUUCUAGGACAUAUUGAUUACUGAACGCAGAUUUUCAUACUUGUGGAAGACAAAAGAUGAAUUAAUCACAUCUCCGCAGGAAUGGAUACGGAUUAUUCCCUGUCUAUGUGUUCUUUAUAGAUAAUUCAUCUCGCCGUAAGAGACACAUAACUCGGUCAACAGGGAA